GAUCUUUUCAUUCUUUUAAGAAAAGUCAGUGCUGACGGAGUAUAUCUUUUUAUUGCUUUCAAUAGGACAUAAUGAUUCAAUCAAACGGUGGAACGCUAAAAAAUCGACUUUGUAUCGCGUUUGUAAUUGCGUAUACGGUUGGAUUGUGCAUUGCAGAGGGUAAAACUGGUUCACCAAUUACUCUUGAUGAUGUUUUGGAUGGAACAUAUUAUGCACGACGUAACAAUGCAACGUUCAUUUCGGACACGCUACUAUACUAUCGUGAUUCUUCCCGUAAUAUCGUGACCUUUGAUUUGAAAACAAAUAAAACGAAAAUAUUGGCAGAAGCACAUAUACCUGCUAUUGCUUCGUCUUUUUCACAACAAAUUUCGCCGGAUCAUCGAUAUUUAUUGUUGGGAAAAGACUACCAGAAGGUUUUCCGUCACAGCGCCUUGGCACGUUACGACAUACUAGAUUUGAAGACAAAAAAGUUAUAUAAGCUAUCUAAUGAAUUAUUAUCUCUGGCCAAAUGGGGCCCACUUGAUAACAGUAUUCUAUACAUUAAAGCCAAUAACAUUUACUAUAAGUCAAGUGUAACAAAACCAGCUGUCCAGAUAACAAACAAUGGUAAUGCGAGCGUUUAUAAUGGCAUUUGUGAUUGGGUUUAUGAAGAAGAGGUCUUUCAAACGAAAUCAGCUGCAUGGAUAUCGCCUGAUAAUAAAAAACUAGCUUAUAUCGAAUUUAAUGACGUUCCUGUCAAUCACAUUGCCAUUCCAAUGUACGGACAGCCUGGCUCUGAGGAUGAUCAAUAUCCGGGUGUAUUGGAUUUUCCCUAUCCGAAAACUGGAACGAAAAAUCCAUUGGUCAAGUUAUUUUUGGUUGAAUUGACAGCAUUAUUACCGAACAAAAUAGUGAAAAAAAUUCAAGUUCCAGAACCAAAGGAAUUGAAUAAAAAACAGCACAUCAUAUCAGUAGUCUCUUGGGCCAAUAACGAUACUUUGCUUUUGACCUGGAUGAAUCGUGUACAAAAUCGCGCCAUUGUAGAAGCUUGCCAAGGAAAGACGUGUCAUAAGGUUUUAGAUUUAUCCAGUUCAACGGGAUGGGUUGAUUUCUUCAAGCCACCAACAUUCAAUAAAGAUGGCUCACAAUUUGUUUACAUUAUGCCACAAUUCCAAAGAGGCUCAAACGAUUCCUUUAACCACUUGACCUUAGUUUCAAUGAAUACCGGAAAGCAAACCGUUCUAACAUCUGGAAAUUAUGCUGUUCUAGAAGUGUUACAAUGGAAUGAAGACACCAAUACAAUUUUUUAUGCUGCAAAUCAUGAAAAUGCUUCCUAUUCAAAGCACAUUUGGUCGGUUCAAGUCACGAAUCCAAGCUCAAGACAAUGUUUGACAUGCAAUAUUACACAGGAUGGUGUGCGCCAAACAUACUUUAGCGCUUCAAUCAGUCCAAAUGGUAAACACACUAUGAUCACCAAUGAAGGACCUUCAAUUCCAAACACAGAUAUAUUUGACAUCGUAGAAUCGUCUCAGAAUUCUCUUAAACUGCAAUUAGUUCAAAACUGGGAAAACAAUAAAAAAUUACAUUCUUCAAUGGAUAAAGUUUCAAAUCCAAUCAUAAAAUAUUAUGAAAUACCAUUGAAAGAUGGCUUUGAUGCGGUUGUUAAACUAUUUUUGCCACCAAAUGUAGACACAAGUGGCAAAACCAAGUAUCCAAUGCUAAUUGAUGUAUAUGCUGGUCCCGGAUCAUUCAAAUCUGCAGAUAAAUGGGGUGUUGAUUUCAACUCGUACUUAACUACUAGCCAGGAAAUUAUUGUGGUUCAAAUAAAUGGCCGUGGUUCAGGACUACGUAGCGAAAAACUAUUGCAUUCAAUUUAUCGCGCAUUGGGAACAGUUGAAAUAGAAGAUCAAAUUCAAACGGCAAAGAAACUAACAAAACUCUUCCCAUUCAUUGACGCAACGAAUGUGGCAAUUUGGGGCUGGAGUUAUGGUGGAUUUGCGGCCGGAAUGGCCUUAGCACAAGAUGACUCGCAUGUAUUGAAAUGCGCUGCUUCCGUUGCACCUGUAACCGAUUGGCUGUAUUACGACUCAAUUUACACUGAAAGAUACAUGAGUCUGCCGUACAAAGAAGAUAAUGCACAAGGUUAUGAAAGAGCUCAACUCAGUACAAUGGCCGAUGAGUUCAAGAACAAAACUUAUCUUCUUGUUCAUGGCACUUUUGACGAUAAUGUGCAUUAUCAACAAUCUAUGGCUUUAGCACGCACACUUGAACUAAACGACAUUCCAUUCCAACAAAUUACCUACCCAGAUGAAGAUCAUUCACUAAUGAAAGUUAGAAGACAUUUAUAUCAUGCACUAGAUAGAUUUUUUGCAAAUUGUCUCAUAUCUAAGUAAAAACUCAUUCUAAAUAAUGAAGUCUAUGUUUUUCAUUUCAUUUGUUUAGAUAUUAAUUAUUUCUUGGUGUUUUUUAAAUAAAUAUUUUUAACGUGUAA